UUGUCGUGUGAGUCACGAUUUGGAUGAGACACGAUUUCCUCUCUACCGAAUCCCGGCGCGGCUCUUGCUUUUCUUCCACCCGCUUCCCCCUCCGCUCUCAAAAAGCCAGGAAGGCCAAGGAAGGGAGGCUUGUCGCCCCUUCCACCCAGGGAAGACGAGCCCCCAUCGCCCCCCGACUGCGCUCCAAGAAGGAGCAGCCCGUGGCGGAACAGGCUUGGUGCGUCGCGGGGCGGAGCGUGAUCGGGCAGCGGGAGGAGCGAGCGCCCCGACACUUAGUGCCCUCGAAAAGGAAAAAAAGCCCCGAGCUCAUUUCCUUCCUCCGCGAAGAGAAGAACCCGGCUCGGGGUCUCGUCGCGCCUGAGUCCCGCCGGGAUCCCCGAGGGGCGCCUUGGGGAGCGCGCGGCUGGGGAGCCGCCGUCUGGCCGAGCGGGCGCUGGAGUUUCCUCCCGGCGCGCAAAGGAUGCCGUGACACAGCUGGCACUAUGGGAAACAGGGGGAAUGCCGCAUGGCUGUUGCUUCUGUCGUUAACAGUCUUUGGGCUGAAAAAAGGUGACCCUGAUGUCCCCACAGACCUGAAAUGUUACCAGUCAGUGCCCAGCAAUAUCGUGAACUGCAGUUGGUCUACCAGGGAGCCUCCAGAUGCUAAUACUACCCAUGUCCUCUACUAUAAGAGCCUGAAAUUUCAUCCUGGCAAACCCCCCAGGCGUGGAGCUCCCGGCAAGCAGAACUGGUUGCUUAUUGAAAGGCGCAACCUGACACAGGGAGACAGCUACAGUGUUUGGGUAGAAACCAAUCACGGCAUGGCUGGGAUUGCAACUUCCGCUAAGUUAAACUUCAGCCUGCAUGAAAUAGUGAAGCCUCCUCCUCCUGAUCUGGAGCCUGUGGUGUUUGAGUCCUCUGUCGCUACAGUGAGUUGGAAGAACCCUCACUGGUCUGAAUCCCUUCAUCACCAGCCGCUCACCUGUGCCCUUCGAUACAAGAUGUCCAAGGACCACAGCUGGACCUACCUGAGUGAGGAGCAUGUAGACCAGGAAGGGUAUGACCUGGAGGACCUGAAGCCAUUCACUUCCUACGAGGUGCAGGUACAAUGCAUUCCAGAAAUGAAAAAAGGUUUCUGGAGUGAAUGGAGUUCUUCCCAGACCUUCGUAACCCCGGAGGCAGCUCCCUUGGGUCAGGUAGACGUGUGGCAAAAAGUUGGUGUUUCUGAGAAAGGUGUUCCAAGUCGCUUCCUGCUGUGGAAGGCACUAGACCCAGAAGCAGCUCGGGGAGUCAUCCUGGACUAUGAAGUUGUUUUCCGGGACCACGACAAAAACAUCACUACGAUGGUGUGCCUUUGCUGCCAUGCUGUCCUCCCUCUUUCCGCCAACUACGCCUGGGUAUCGGCCCGAAAUUCUGUUAAGAAUACGCUGCCUGCCAACCUCAGCUUGGAACAAGCAGGCAAGAGUUGUUGAUAAUGCCUUAUCAAAGGGCUGCUUGAAAGGGGUCUUUCCUCUCGCGCCUGCCCUGUUUCCUGCCUUUUCCGCCAAGACUAGAGCCGAGUCAUCCUCACCGCUGAUGGGGGAAGGUGGUUUGCUGCCCUCUGUGCACCUCCCCUAACAUCCUGUUCGUGAGAGAGCGCAUUGCCUGUCACCCAAACGCUUGCCAGACCUAAUAAGAAAAUGCAACCCUAUGUGCUAAUCCUAGCAUAGCAAUUCAGCUACUCGAGUUCGCUUGGUUUGGAAGUGAAAUACAGUGGACGCUCAGGUUGCAAACAUGAUCUGUGCGGGAUGCACGUU